UUUUCUUCUUCACCGUAUACCAGAGGCGAGUGUACCAGCCAUCCACUAUCCUUCUGCGAGUAUACCAGAGACGAGUAUACUAGAGGCGACGCUCCGACGAACGAAGUACCAGACUCGGCGAGUUCACUCCUGUCUACUCGGCUCCAAAGACGGAGUCACCAAAAUCAUCCGUUGGCUCGUGCCAUCUCCUCGUUCAAGGUUACAAACACUGUGGAGGCAUGUGAGGAUACAUGGAAAAAAUUAUACGUGAAGCAUCCUAAAUUCAAGUCUUUUAAGAGAAAUGGUUGCAAACACUACGAGCUAAUGGCUGAGGUAUUUGCCCGAUCUGUUGCUACAGGAGGUCUUGCCAUCUCGUCCACGCAAAUGCCACCUAACUCUGAUGAUGAACGCCUUGAUGAGUUCUUACAUAGUGCAAGGCUAUCAUCAACUGCAACUAAUACAGGUGGUACCCGUUCCAAAGGGAAAAGGAGAUUGGAUGACAAGAUGAAUAUUGGUGGUAGCACGAGGAAAAGCACUAACAAGAAGUGGAAGGAUCAGAUAAUCGAUGUAUUGGAAAGUGUCAAUGCCACUAUGAUUUCAAAAGAACACCGUCGAAAAGCUAGGGAAAAGGCUAGUACGACGGUUGCUACCCCAUAUACCAUGAAAGCUUGUAUUGAGAUUUUGAAAAACAUGAGUGGAAUUCCCCCCCUCUGCCAUUAUUGCAACUUUCAAGCAUUUGGCAAAUCCUAACUUGCGUGAGGGCUUCAUAGAAAUGCCACCUGAAUGGUAACGUAAUUGGGUGUUAUCCUUAAAGUGAAUGUGUUGAACUUGUGCAAGUUGAGUUUUUUUGUUGUUAGAAAUGUUUGCUGAAUUUGUUGUUGUUACUUGGGACUUUAAACAGACUUGUUGUAUGUGACCCAACUUUAUUAGCACAUUGUUGAGUAUGUUUGUAUUAAUACUUAUGUUAGUUUCAAAUA